AAUUUAAACCUUGGUGUUGGCAACACUAUUCAUGAUUUUUUUUCUUUUUAACUAAUUGUCAAACACCGACGGGAGUUUUUCAAUCAUGGGUCGUGUCAGGACUAAGACGGUGAAGAAAGCUGCAAAAAUUAUAAUUGAAAAAUACUAUACUAGACUGACACUCGAUUUUGAUACCAAUAAGAGAAUAUGUGAAGAGAUUGCUAUCAUUCCAACUAAACCCCUUCGUAACAAAAUUGCAGGGUUUGCAACCCAUUUGAUGAGGCGUCUCCGUCACUCACAAGUACGUGGCAUUUCCAUCAAACUGCAAGAAGAGGAGCGUGAGAGACGCGAUAACUAUGUACCAGAAGUGUCUGCUCUGGAACAUGACAUCAUUGAGGUGGAUCCUGACACCAAGGACAUGUUGAAAAUGCUUGAUUUCAAUAACAUCAACGGUCUGCAACUGACACAGCUGGCCACACAAGGUGGUUACGGUGGUGGUAGACGUAAUUAAGUGUAAUAAAUAAUAAUUAUAUAAAAUU